GGUGCUGAAAUCUGCCUUCCCAAUCGUGCGUCAUGUGACUUCGCCCAGCACUGCCUAGCUCAGCGCCGAGCCGACUGGUUUCUGGAGAUUUCAUGUGAGAAAGGGACAAACCCCGAACCAUUUUCCCUCUCAUCUUGCCUGUUUAGGCUGCUUUGCCGCCCCCGUUUCCGUCUUUUUUCCCCCGCACGAUCGGAUCAUGUGGACCUUCGUAGCGCUCGGAGUAUGACAAAAGAUUUUUUAGGAUGCUGCACUUGUGCUGCUCGUUUCGUUCCUCUCUUUUCACUUAAAUGCCAACGCGGUGAAUGCGUCGGACCGAGUGGACGAGCCCGCUGCUAGAGGUCCGCAUUCACAAAGUCAACAUCUUGUUCCUCUCGAUUCGAAUUUUCACCGGAGCCACUUAAGAAAGAUGUAACGAUCCACCUGGCGCAGCAGAAGUCUCCUCAUCAAAAUGCAGAAGGGAAUACGACUCAAUGAUGGUCAUGUCACCUACCUGGGGCUUUUGGCGAAAAAGGAUGGUACGAGACGAGGGAGCUUGAGCAAAAAGAGCUCAGACAACACGAAAUGGCACACAAAGUGGUUUGCUUUGCUGCAGAAUAUGCUCUUUUAUUUUGAGAACGAGUCCAGCUCUCGACCCUCUGGAUUAUACCUGUUGGAGGGAUGCAUGUGCGACAGGGCGCCUUCACCGAAACCUUCGCUGUCAGCCAAGGAGUGUUUGGAAAAGCAGUACUAUUUCACUGUCAGCUUCACCCAUGAAAACCAAAAGGCCCUCGAGUUGCGCACAGAAGACGUGAAGGACUGCGACGAAUGGGUGGCUGCAAUAUCACACGCCAGUUACAGGAACUUGGCCACCGAGCAUGAGACGCUCAUGCAGAAGUAUCUUCAUCUGCUACAGAUUGUGGAGACGGAGAAAACAGUUGCUAAGCAACUUCGACAACAGAUAGAAGAUGGGGAAAUCGAGAUUGAGCGGCUUAAGUCGGAGAUCGCCGGCCUGCUCAAGGACAACGAGAAGAUCCACGCGAGCCCGGCGGCCGCGCCCACCGACGACGACUCCGAGAUCAAGAAGAUCAAGAAGGUCCAGAGCUUCCUGCGAGGCUGGAUCUGCAGGAGGAAGUGGAAGACCAUCAUCCAGGACUACAUCCGCUCGCCGCACGCCGAGAGCAUGAGGAAGAGGAACCAGGUGGUGUUCAGCAUGUUGGACUCCGAGGCCGAGUACGUGCAGCAGCUUCACAUCCUGGUCAACAACUUCCUGAGGCCGCUGCGCAUGGCGGCCAGCUCCAAGAAGCCGCCCAUCACCCACGACGACGUCAGCAGCAUAUUCCUCAACAGUGAAACCAUCAUGUUCCUGCAUCAGAUCUUUUACCAAGGUCUAAAAGCCAGGAUAGCGAGCUGGCCGACGCUGGUGCUGGCCGACCUGUUCGACAUCCUGCUGCCCAUGCUCAACAUCUACCAGGAGUUUGUGAGGAACCACCAGUACAGCCUUCAGAUCCUCGCUCACUGCAAGCAGAACAGGGACUUCGACAAGCUGCUGAAGCAGUACGAGGCCAAGCCCGACUGCGAGGAGAGGACCCUGGAGACCUUCCUCACCUACCCCAUGUUCCAGAUUCCCCGUUACAUCCUCACGCUCCACGAACUCCUCGCCCACACGCCCCAUGAACAUAUAGAGAGGAACAGUCUGGACUACGCCAAAUCUAAGCUGGAGGAGCUGUCCAGAAUCAUGCACGAUGAAGUGAGCGAGACUGAGAACAUCAGGAAGAAUCUGGCGAUAGAGCGCAUGAUCGUCGAGGGCUGCGAGAUCCUCCUGGACACCAGCCAGACCUUUGUCAGACAGGGGUCUCUCAUCCAGGUGCCGAUGAGCGAGAAGGGCAAGAUCACACGUGGGCGACUGGGCUCUCUGUCGCUGAAGAAGGAGGGGGAGAGGCAGUGCUUCCUCUUCUCCAAGCAUUUAAUCAUUUGUACCCGCGGUUCUGGGGGGAAGCUCCACCUGACCAAGAACGGGGUGGUCUCGCUUAUAGACUGCACUCUGAUGGAGGAGCCUGAGGGGACAGACGAUGAGUCCAAAUCAGACAAGACGGGCCAGGACAUGGAGCACCUGGACUUCAAGAUUGUGGUGGAGCCAAAGGACAGCCAGUCAUUCACAGUCAUCCUGGUUGCCUCCUCGAGGCAGGAGAAGUCUGCGUGGACCAGCGACAUCAGCCAGUGCAUAGACAACAUUCGGUGCAAUGGGUUAAUGAUGAACGCCUUUGAAGACAACUCCAAAGUCACGGUGCCACAGAUGAUCAAGUCCGACUCGAGCCUGUACUGCGACGACGUGGACAUCCGCUUCAGCAAGAUGAUGAACUCCUGCAAGGUGCUGCAGAUCCGCUACGCCAGCGUGGAGCGCCUGCUGGAGAGGCUCACCGACCUGCGCUUCCUCUCCAUUGACUUCCUCAACACCUUCCUGCACUCGUAUCGCGUGUUCACCACGGCUGACGUGGUGCUAGACAAACUCAUCACCAUCUACAAGAAGCCCAUCAGUGCCAUCCCUGCCCGGUCCCUGGAGUUGUUCUUUGCCAGCAGCCAGAACAGUAAACUCCUGUAUGGAGAGCCCCCCAGCUCCCCCAGGGCCAGCAGAAAGUUUUCCUCCCCGCCGCCGCUCGCCAUCGCCAAGAAUUCCUCCCCAAACCGCCGGCGCAAGCUGUCCCUCAACAUCCCCAUCAUCACCGGGGGCAAAGCUCUCGACCUGGCUGCCCUCAGCUGCUCCUCCAAUGGCUAUGCAAGCAUGUACUCGUCCAUGUCCCCGUUCAGCAAGACCACCCUGGACAUCAACAAGCUCUACGUGUCCAGCCCCAUCGCCAGCAAAAUCCCCGACGAGGCCGAGGACAAGAAGGACAAGGUGGAAGACGCCUCGGCGUGCAAGCAAGAUCUCUCAGUGCGGGAGGAGAGCGACAACGAUCAAACGCAGAGCGACGACGGGGACCCAGAAGCGUCCCCCACCAAGUCGCCGACCACUCCGAAAAACGUCAAAUGCAAAAACUCCUCAGAGUUCUCCCUGUUCUCCUACAACAACGGCAUGGUGAUGUCCUCGUGUCGAGAGCUCGACAACAACCGCAGUGCCCUGUCUGCUGCCUCCGCCUUCGCCAUCGCCACAGCCGGAGCCAACGAGGGCACCCCCACGAAGGAGAAAUAUCGACGGAUGUCCCUGGCCAGCACCGGUUUCCCAACGGAUCAGAGAAACGGGGACAAAGAGUUCGUGAUCAGACGAGCAGCGACCAACAGGGUCCUCAACGUCCUGAGGCACUGGGUGUCCAAGCACUCGCCGGACUUCGAGAGCAACAACGAGCUGAAGACGAAGGUCAUCGCCUUCCUGGAGGAAGUCAUGCACGACCCGGAGCUGCUGACCCAGGAGCGGAAGGCAGCCGCCAACAUCAUCCGGACUCUGACUCAGGAAGACCACGGUGACAACCAGAUCACCCUGGAGGACGUGAAGCAGCUGGUGGGAGGAGGGAAGGCCGAGCCCUUCGAGAAUCACUCGGCGUUGGAGAUCGCGGAGCAGCUGACUCUGCUGGACCACCUGGUGUUUAAGGUCAUCCCCUACGAGGAGUUCUUCGGACAGGGCUGGAUGAAGAACGACAAGAACGAGAAGACGCCGUACAUCAUGAGGACCACGAAGCACUUCAACGACACGAGCAACCUCAUCGCCACGGAGAUCCUGCGCUGCGAGGACGUGGUCACGCGGGUGGCGGUCAUAGAGAAGUGGGUGGCGGUGGCCGACAUCUGCCGCUGCCUGCACAACUACAACGCCGUGCUGGAGAUCACGUCCUCCCUGAACCGCAGCUCCGUGUUCCGCCUCAAGAAGACCUGGCUCAAGGUUUCCAAGCAGACGAAGGCGUUGAUUGACAAGCUGCAGAAGCUGGUCUCGUCAGAGGGGAGGUUCAAAAACCUGCGAGAGGCUUUGAAGAACUGCGAUCCCCCCUGCGUGCCCUACCUGGGGAUGUACCUCACGGACCUGGCCUUCAUCGAGGAGGGGACGCCGAACUACACCGAGGACAACCUGGUCAACUUCUCCAAGAUGAGGAUGAUUUCUCAUAUCAUCAGAGAAAUCAGGCAGUUUCAGCAAACGGCGUACAAGAUUGACCUGCAACCAAAGGUAGCCCAGUAUCUGCUGGACAGGAGCUUUGUUCUGGACGAAGAGAGCAUGUACGAAGCCUCGCUCCGAAUCGAGCCCAAAGUGCCCAACUGAUGGGGAAGGUGGUCGCCCGUUCCUUUCUCCGUUAACGCCGCACAUCAGCUGACCUACACAUGGCUUUUUGUAUAGUUGUACAUGUUUAAGCCCUUUGCUCUUGUACAGUAGAUGUUUAACUACACAGGACAUUUCAGUGUUCAUUCUUUGGUUCGCGCCCUCGUCGCUGUUUUUAUUUCUUCUGGCUUCAUACGCAUAAUAACAGAGGUCGCCUCGGUUGCACGCGACUGUGUCUCCACGGCGACCAAUGACAUUAUUUUGCAUCGCGUCACUCUGUGUCAACUUUGCACUCCUCCGAGCACUCGCGCCGUCGUUCUCUAUGCUUCGAGUUUUAUUGAUGACUGAGUUUCUCUGCAACUAAUGUAGCAUUGUAAAAAAAAAUGUAACCGCACCAAAUCAGGUAAAAGAGCACAGAGAACAGAAGUACAGCUGCAUCCGCUGCUGGGAGCAGACCGUGGGGUCACUGAGGCGUGACCGACCCAAACCGAGGGGGAUUCGUUCCAUCGCUUUUGCACGCGACUCCAAAGACAAAGGCUCCCGAGCGUCCGCGCAGCAGGCGCGGCUUAGAACUAUACGAGGGCAGGAUAAGUUGAAGACCUCAGCGGAAGAUAGACCUUUAGGCUGAAAAAGGCCAACGCAGCUCACUGGGGUUAAUACGAAGCAAAGCACAACAGCGGCGGCCGCUGCCUGUACAGCUGAGGCGGGAAGGAAAUGAAAGAACAAAUAGGUCACCACUCCCAGAAUUACACUCCUGCCGUUGGUUUGGCUGAAAUCAACUUUUAGCUUAUGACGUGUGACAGCGCACUUAAAAAUGUAGCACCGGUUGUGCAAACCUCAGCAGUCGAGACAUUGUUUUUGAAACGUUUGUAUUCUUUUUCAUUCUGCGGAGUGACACGGUUGCAUUCCUGGUAAUUGUAAUGGUCCAGUCCUGCGUUUGGGAGCCUCUGUUCCCACAUACAUGUCUUCAAAUUGACAAAAAGCGUCAAUUUAAUCACACUAAUACGCUUAUUUUGUAGCCUGACACACUUUAGUUCAUAAACGAUGCGACAACACACAGUGAAGAACGGUUCCGAUGCCUGUGAUCUAGGAAUAAAGACUUGCCCCCGUCAUAUUCUCCCACACGUGAGGGAAACCAGUCACUUCCCUCCUUGUCCGGAUCUUACGCCUCUCAACUCGAGCUCACGGGAAAAUGAUCACACGCGAUGGUAAGUGUUGUACCUUCAGGUUCGGCCACGUCGAGUAAAAGGUUGUUUGCUCUUCUGUAAUUAAAAGACAAUCUGUCCCUUUUGCUGUUCCAGUGAUUGUGGAACGUGACUGUAUAUCACUCGGUUAUAUGCAUCGCUGUUAAAACUAUGAUAAAAUGUAUGUGAAUGACCUCUGCCUGCAGCAUUCAAACACUAUUUUUGUAGUAGUAUAUGAGAGAGUGACCUGCUCUUUAUAUGAACAUGGGGAAGUAUUUUGUACUUUGUUGUUAAUUCACCUCACUGAUGUGUGCUGUACAUUUUGUACAUGCAACCCUGCAUAUUUCUCAAUGUGGAGCAGUGUAAUCCUUUCAGAAUAAGUUGUAUCUUGAGCUUAAACACAAAACAGAGCUACAACUGUGUGGUCUUGAAACAAUGACUUAGAGGUAGGAGACAACUUCAAAGUGUUUUGCAUUUAUACUGUAAUCCUGUCUAUAACCAUUUCUGUUAGCAGGAAUAUAGUAACGUAGUGCUUAUUCUGUGAAUAUUUGUAUGUAUUUUUACUAUGUAUGUACAGUACACUUUUGAAGCUCGUGGCAGGCAUGCAACACACUCACAGACAGAAUAAUACUAUAUACUUAUGCUGUAUACACUUAUACAUGCACAUACUCUUAUGAGAUAUAUAAACAAAUAAACAUUUUGCUGUUAGCAAUACCCAGUGGUAUGAAAAUUAUCUUUCAGCCCUCAUGUUUCCACACCUUAAGAACUAUUCCCAGUUUUGUAAGAAAAAAAAACAGAAAAGAUGAUGAUGAUGAUGAUGAUGACGAUGAUGGUGGUGGUGAUAUUGAUGAUGACGAUGAUGAAGAUAAAUAAACUAUGUAUAUGUUUCCCAGUUACCUCUUGUUAAUAAAUCCAUUUUAUCUCAGGGGCA